AUGGGCCACGGCAUCCCCUCAAAUAUGCCGCAGUACGGCCGCAACCCCGUCGCCGAGAUCCACGGCGGUGAUCGCGCCAACAAGGCCCAACUUAUCGUCGGUAUCGAUUUCGGUACCACCUUCUCCGGCGUUGCCUUCGCUUUCGCAACCAACAGCGAAGCUCGCGAGGACAUCAUCACCGAGUGGCCGGGUGCUGGUACCCAUACUAAGCAGAAGAUCCCUACUGUUCUGUAUUACGACCAGUAUCAGAAAGUGGUGGGAUGGGGUCCCGAUAUCGCUGAGGCGCUGGCGCCCACGGGCUACCCCAAGCCGGGUGUGCAAAAGUCGGAAAUCGAUGUCGCCGCCGACUACCUGUUCAAGCUUCGCCAGGCGAUGCGCGCGCAGCUCCAGAAGACCCUGGGUGAGGUGUUUACCCGUGAAGAGCGCAACAUCCGCUACUACCUGACCGUGCCAGCCAUCUGGAAUGAUGCUGGUAAGGCAGCCACCCGUGCUGCUGCGAUCCAGGCUGGCUUCUUACGGGAUGAGAACGACAAUCGUCUGACUCUGGUCUCGGAGCCAGAGGCUGCAGCUAUCUUCUGCGCCAAGUCGGGCUUGCUUAACUUGAAGAUUGGAGAUGCUAUUCUGAUUGUGGAUUGUGGCGGUGGUACGGUGGAUUUGAUUGCAUACGAGGUCGAGGAACAAUCGCCAUUUAGUGUGAUGGAAUGUACUGCCGGAUCUGGUGACUCGUGUGGUUCGACCGCGUUGAACCGCAACUUCUCUAAUAUUCUGCGGGCCAAGAUCCGUAAGAUGAAAUUGCCCGAUGGAUCUCGGGUUGCAGGCAAGGUGUAUGCCAAGUGUAUUAUGGACUUUGAGAACCGUAUCAAGGCUGAUUUCCGCAACAACGGUCAAAAAUGGGCUGUGGAUGUCGGCAUUGAGGCCGAUUUCCCCGAUGCCGGAAUUGAGGAGGGUUAUAUGACUUUCACCAACGAGGAAAUCCUCCAGUGCUUCGAGCCUGUGGUGAACCGCAUCCUUGAGCUGGUCCGAAACCAAAUUAUAGCUAUCCAAGCUCAAAACCGUUUGCUUCAGAAUGUGUUGGUUGUUGGUGGGUUCGGUGCUUCCGAGUACCUCUUCCAGCAGAUCAAGCUCCACGUGCCACCACAAUACCAGACGAAGGUUGUUCGCCCUAUGGACUCGGUGGCCGCCAUUGUCAAGGGUGCGGUGACAGCUGGUAUUACCGAGCGAGUGGUUACUCAUCGUGUCGCUCGUCGUCACUACCUGAUGGCUACUCUGCAGCCAUUCAAGGAGGGAUACCACCCUGAACAGUACCGAGUGCCUAGUUUGGAUGGCCGAGACCGAUGCAAAUACACUCGCCAGAUCUUUGUUCAGAAGGGUGAGCGUGUCAAGAUCGGAGAGCCUGUCAAGGUUAGCUUCUUCCGUCAAGUUGCGCCCGGCGCUACCUUGAUGUAUGAGGAUGUGCUCUAUGCCUGUGACGAAGACGUCUGCCCCGAGUAUACCAAGGACCCCCGUAUCAAGGAAGUUGUCACUCUCACCUCGGAUCUAUCCCGCAAGAACCUCGAGACCGAUUUUGAGCGCAUGGACACACCGCAGGGGAUCUUCUACCGUGUUUACUUCGACAUCUACCUCACCCUGGACGGCAGUGAGUUCAGCGCCGAGCUGGUCUGCCAAAACGAAAUCAUGGGACGCUGCCGUGCCAAGUUCCGGUAA